AUGGCUGGCGUAGCCAGUGGGAUAGUGACCUGCCCAUUGGACGUCAUCAAGACAAAGCUGCAGGCUCAAGGCUCCUUCUCGAGCUCAGCAUCACAGCAGAAGGGACCGCCAGCAAGUGCGAUAUACCGAGGAUUGCUGGGCACGGGCCGAACGAUCAUACGGCAGGACGGACUCAAGGGCAUGUAUCGGGGUCUGGGCCCGAUGCUACUGGGCUAUCUACCAACAUGGGCGGUGUACAUGGCGGUAUAUGACAGCAGCCGAGAGUGGUUCAUUGCACAUCACUACGGUGCAAGAGAAGGUGACAAAUGGCUCCCGAGAAUAUACGCCUCGCUGGUCGCUGGCGGCUGCAGCACCAUUGUUACCAACCCAAUAUGGGUCAUCAAGACUCGACUGAUGUCGCAGGUCUCCCGAACCGCCAGCGAUGGGCAUCGAACGCCCUGGCACUACAACAACACCCUCGAUGCGGCUCGGAAGAUGUAUCGCUCGGAAGGCAUCGGCGCAUUCUACUCCGGCCUUGCACCCGCUCUUCUUGGACUCACGCAUGUCGCCAUCCAAUUUCCACUGUACGAGUAUUUCAAGCAGAAGUUCACUGGCCUCGAGAUGGGAGCCGUACCUUCCCAGGACCACCAAUCUUGGACCAAUGUCGCCGGUAUCCUUUCGGCUACGCUCCUCUCCAAAGUCUGCGCGACAAGCGCCACCUACCCUCACGAAGUACUUCGCACCCGACUUCAGACGCAACAGCGACAUCUUCAGCCCGAGUCUACUAAUGGUGUCUCUGGAUCACACCACAGCCAGAACAUGAGCAAAGGCCGCGCGCUAGGUACCACGGACGGCAUGCGCUACCAACCGCGCUACAGAGGCGUGGUUAGGACUUGUCGCAUCAUCCUGCAGGAAGAGGGCUGGCGUGCCUUCUACAAUGGCAUGGGCACGAACAUGAUCCGUGCGGUACCGGCGGCCAUGACGACAAUGCUCACAUUCGAGAGCAUCAAGGCCACGAUCGGGAGGCUGCAGGAGGAGGGCAGGCAGAUGGAGAGGGAGGAAGACGGGGGUUCUUUGAGAUCGGACAGGAAGUGGAGUUAA